GACACCUUGUACUCUCUUACGUUGUUGGACGCAUUUCUCCCCCGACUUGGCCACGAUGGUUGCGUGGUCCACGCGAACAUAUAAAAAGCCGCGACCAGAAGCCGCGGCACUUCAGUCUUUUCAAAAAUAUCAUAAGGAUGGCUCUAGAACGUCAAGUGCGCGCCAAGAUCGCGUCAAAGCGCAAUCCGGAGCAAGAGAGAGAAGCGCAGGAAUGGAUUGAGUCGAUCCUAGGCAAGAAAUUCCCUCCCGGCGAGUCCUUCGAUGAUGUGCUUAAGGACGGUCAGGUUCUGUGUCACGUCAUGAACAAGAUCUCGCCGGGAUCGGUGCCGAAAAUCAAUUCUACCGGCGGACAGUUCAAGAUGAUGGAGAAUAUCAAUUUGUUCCAAAAAGCUCUCAAGGACUACGGGGUGGAUGACGUCGACGUUUUCCAGACGGUGGACUUAUGGGAGAAGAAAGACAUGGCGCAAGUAGUUACUACGCUGUUCGCCCUCGGCAGGACGACCUACAAACAUCCCGAGUGGAAGGGACCUUACCUAGGACCUAAACCGUCGGAGGAGUGCAAACGUGAGUUCACUGAAGAACAAUUGCGGGCUGGCGAGUCGGUGAUCGGUCUGCAGGCGGGUUCCAACAAGGGUGCGACCCAAGCCGGUCAAAGUCUCGGCGCGACCCGCAAAAUCCUGCUUGGAAAGUAAAUCAAAAGUUCAGCGCAGCGGACUCUCUCUCUCUCUCUCUCUCCACUCCACUCCACUCCGCUCCACUCCACCUCCUUCUUCUUCUUUCCACUCCUUAGAGCUAAAGUACUUUUUUUAUGUACACAAAUGGAAUGUAUACUUUACUUUUGUAAUUAAACAAUAAUUAGUUUGCUAUUUAUUGAUCCGCCUCAUCACUUGACAUCUUGUGAAGGAUAUCUACUAUAUAACGCGCGGUAAAUAUUCUAUUCUUUUAUAAAAAUUAGAAAAGAUACAUCUAUCGCCAGUUCAAUGUACUCGACGAUGUUGAUCUCGCCGUUGAUUGAAUGAUAAAUUAAUUUUUAUAAUUGAGCAAACCGUUAUCAUUAUUUAUUUUGCCUAUCUCCGCACAAUUGUGUCAGCUGUCUCGAGAGAUAUUCUGUCGACUAUAGAUAUGUGUUUCAAAAAUAACUGUUGCUCAAAGAAAAUUCUAAAUAAAGUUCUAUCCAUCCGAAAAACA